CCUUCCCACUGCACACAAAGGCAAGGCGCUCCUUAAAGGGACCUUCCAGCUCCUCCAGGCAGUCGCCAACCCGAGUAAGCGCUGGCUCAGGAGCCCCAGCUUUUGCCUGAAGAUGAGUGGGGAGGGGUCUUGAGACGCCUCCACCCCCGCAUCCUCCAAAGCCAGGCAGGAAGGCACUUGGCAGGCAGAGCGCAUGGAGACCACGGGUCCGCGCGGCCCCGCUUGCUGUUGGCUGCUUCUUGGGAUGCUCCUCUCCAGUUGAGCCUCCUGCCUGAGAUCCAGAGGGUGCUGGCGGCGCAUCUUGCGGUAUGCCUGCGCUGCUUUGAGCCAGCGCCCAGAAGCCAGCCCUCUGCAUUCAGGCUCCUCGGACUGGCUCCAGGCAGGGCUGUGUGCAGUCACCAUGAACGCUCAGCUCUAGGCUUCUGCACCAGCCUCCUGACCACAUGGAUCUGGCUGUUUAAUCAGCCGAGAUCACAGCCUGGGAAGACCGGGGAGGCUGAUCCGCGCUCCAGCUGCUGAGACAACUUCCAGCCUCGCUGUUUACUUCUUUGGGUCCCAGGGACUCUGUGUUGCACCUCAGCCCCUCCUGCCGCUCAGUGGGCUCUGAAGUCAGCUGCCAGGACUCUGCUGAAGGCCCCAAGAAGUGUGGCGAGAGGGGUUGAAAGACAGCAGCAGUCCCCCAACUGCUCACCCUCUGCCGACCGCCUGUGCUGUGGGGUUCUGAGAGGACCUUGCGCUGUCCUGGGAAGCAAUGCAAGUCUCCAUAGCCUGCACAGAGCACAAUUUGAAGAGUCGAAAUGGUGAGGACCGACUUCUGAGCAAGCAGAGCUCCACCGCCCCCAAUGUGGUGAACGCAGCCCGGGCCAAAUUCCGCACCGUCGCUAUCAUCGCUCGCAGCCUGGGGACCUUCACCCCUCAGCAUCACAUUUCUCUCAAGGAGUCCACCGCCAAGCAGACUGGCAUGAAAUAUAGGAAUCUUGGGAAAUCGGGACUCAGAGUUUCUUGCUUGGGUCUUGGAACAUGGGUGACAUUCGGAGGUCAAAUUUCAGAUGAGGUUGCUGAACGGCUGAUGACUAUUGCCUAUGAAAGCGGAGUUAAUCUCUUCGACACUGCCGAGGUCUAUGCUGCUGGGAAGGCUGAGGUGAUUCUGGGGAGCAUCAUCAAGAAGAAAGGCUGGAGGAGGUCCAGCUUGGUCAUCACAACCAAACUCUACUGGGGUGGAAAAGCUGAAACAGAAAGAGGAUUGUCAAGAAAGCAUAUCAUUGAAGGGCUCAAAGGCUCCCUCCAGCGGCUGCAACUGGAAUACGUGGACGUGGUCUUUGCAAAUCGUCCAGACAGCAACACCCCCAUGGAAGAAAUUGUUCGAGCCAUGACACACGUCAUCAACCAAGGCAUGGCAAUGUACUGGGGCACCUCGAGGUGGAGCGCAAUGGAGAUCAUGGAAGCCUACUCCGUGGCACGGCAGUUCAACAUGAUCCCACCUGUCUGUGAACAAGCCGAGUACCAUCUUUUCCAGAGAGAGAAGGUGGAGGUCCAGCUGCCAGAGCUCUACCAUAAAAUAGGGGUCGGUGCAAUGACGUGGUCUCCGCUUGCCUGUGGAAUUAUUUCAGGAAAAUAUGGAAAUGGGGUGCCAGAAAGUUCUAGAGCUUCACUGAAGUGCUACCAGUGGUUGAAGGAAAGAAUUGUAAGUGAAGAAGGGCGAAAACAGCAAAAUAAGCUGAAAGACCUCUCUCCGAUUGCUGAGCGUCUGGGAUGCACACUACCUCAGCUAGCUGUGGCAUGGUGCCUGAGAAAUGAGGGUGUGAGCUCUGUGCUCCUGGGAUCAUCCACCCCUGAGCAACUCAUUGAAAACCUUGGUGCCAUCCAGGUCCUCCCUAAGAUGACAUCACAUGUGGUAAAUGAGAUUGACAACAUACUGCGCAACAAGCCCUACAGCAAAAAGGACUACAGAUCAUAGGCAGUGCAUGAGCCACAGAAGCUGCAGGGGUAAAAUCAUGUGGGUGGGCAGUGCAGAGCGACCUUACUAGCCACUCUUUCCCAUCUCUUAGCAGCUGCUCAACCUCUAGUGUCCCAGGGUUCUCUGAGGUUUCUGCUGUUGCAACCACUGUGCACCCUGAGUUCUGAACACAUCUGAAAAUUCACAACCCAGAAAAUUCAUUCUAUUUUCUUAUCUUGGACUGGUUCCCUAUCCUUGCGUUGCUGUGUACCUCAUGUUUCUGCAAUGAAAGGAAUACUGGGGUAGGGGAAUCUACUAUCUUCAGAAGAAGGCUGUACAUAUAUAUUUUUUUCAAAAGAGCAAAAUUCACAAGAUAUAGUAUGUGAACUACAUAGGAAAUAGGAUAUCCUCGCUCUUUGGUCUUGCUCGGGAGAACAAACAGAACUAAUUUACUUUUCUUUUUUUCACAUUUCAUAUUCAUACUAACAAGUUUUAUGUCACCUGUCAUUCAAUACAAAAAUUUCUAGGUAUUUGCUUUCACUAUCUUUGAAGUUCUUUGUUGUUGUUUGGCCCUGUACCAUCUAGCUGGAGUGCCUCUCAGGAUUCUAAUGUGUCCAUUCAUAUAAAGGUAUGAAUACCCCUAUCUUUACUAGAUACAUUAAUGGCUAAUUUAUAAAUGGGUUACAAUGCUAUGGAAACAGCUUUAAAGAAAAAUGUUAAGCAUUCAUUUUUUUUUUUUACAUUCUAUUUAAACCUGCCUAUACUUUCAAUUGCUUAUAGGCACAAUUCUGCAAUUUUAAAUAUCUGAGCUUUAGAAUUAUACCCAUGCUCAGUUUUGUAAUUAAACCUAUAAAUACCUGGAAAGGCAAGUACUCAGUUUACCACUGGGACAAUAUAAUAUAAUGCUUGGUAUUUUCUGAGAAGUUAUUAACAUGGAAACAAAUCCUAGGUAACAUGAAAGAAAAAAGUCUCAUUCCUCAGCAUAUGCUGGAUGAAUUAACUUGCCCAAAGAAGAAGCAAACUUUUAAAAAAGCUCCUUAUUCUAACUGUAUCACACACUACAAUAUAUGCAUGAAAGCUCUUUGCAUGCAAUAAACGGGCUUAGCUUUGUGCUCAGAAUCUUGAGAUGCACCCAGCCCUGCCUCUAAGCUACUCCCCCUCACUGUAUCCCACUUGAGAAAAAUUCUAAGACUAUACUGUGUGUUAUAUCUGUAAAUAAGGAGAAAACACAAGGUGUUUUUUUUCUUUCUUUUCUGUAAAGGUGGGGUCAUUUUCUAUCUGUCCAUCUGUAGAUGGAAAAAAAAAAUCUACUUUACCUAGCUAGCAAGUUCUCCAUCACUUUCAGAUUUACACAAGAAAUAUAUGAACUUAAAAUCAUUUUCAGAUAUGUGUAACAUGGUUAAGUUCUAAAUCUUAAACUAUCAGUGAAAGAUAUCAACAAAUAUGAUUGUUACUACCUACAGCCUAGCAGGCAAUUGAAAAGUUUCACCAAUGAGUAUCUGAUUAAUGAUGGAGCUAUUCACUGUAAAUGAUCCAGCUAUUCACUGUAAAUUUAAUCCUCUGAACUACUGUAUGUAUAAAUGAGUGAAGUGCUGUCUAAAAAAAAAAAAUCAAUUCAUUUGCUUCAGAGUAAUAAAGGCAUCUGUGAAAUCCCAUAAUAGAUCUUGGGGUCUAUCAUUAUAAGGC